GUGGGUCUGGGCCUGGAGAGUGAAAGCGAAAGCUGGGGCGACUAGCCCCGAGAGUCUAGAGCUAGCAGCUGGAGAAGCAUGGCCAAGCCUUGUGGGGUUCGGCUGAGUGGAGAAGCUCGUAAACAGGUGGAUGUCUUCAGACAAAACCUUUUCCAGGAGGCUGAUGACUUCCUCUCCACAUUCUUGCCACAGAAAAUCCUCUCCCUGAGUCAGCUCUUGCAGGAGGAUUUCCUCAAUGUGACUGACCUCUCCUCCCUCCGGGCUCCUCUGGACAUCCCCAUCCCAGAUCCCCCACCCAAGGAUGAUGAGAUGGAAACAGACAAGCAGGAGAAGAAAGACGUCCCUAAGUGUGGCUUUCUCCCUGGGAAUGAGAAGCUUCUGGCCCUGCUUGCUUUGAUUAAGCCAGAAGUCUGGACUCUCAAAGAGAAAUGCAUUCUGGUAAUCACAUGGAUCCAGCACCUGAUCCCCAAGAUUGAGGAUGGGAAUGAUUUUGGGGUGGCAGUUCAGGAGAAGGUUCUGGAGAGAGUGAAUGCUGUCAAGACCAAAGUAGAAGCCUUCCAGACAGCCAUUUCCAAGUACUUCUCAGAACGUGGGGAUGCUGUAGCCAAAGCCUCCAAGGAGACCCAUGUAAUGGAUUAUCGUGCCUUGGUGCAUGAGCGAGAUGAAGCAGCCUACGGGGUACUCAGGGCCAUGGUGCUGGACCUGAGGGCCUUCUAUGCUGAGCUUUAUCAUAUCAUCAGCAGCAACCUCGAGAAAAUCGUCAACCCAAAGGGUGAAGAAAAGCCAUCUAUGUACUGAGCUAAGGAUUAGAAGGAGAAUAAAUGACUUAUACUUUA